GUCAAAUAAUCUCACUUUCCUGUUCAAACUCUUCUGUAACAUCCUAUCUCUCUCAGAGUAAAAACCAAAAGUAUUACAAUGGCUCUGUAAAAAUUGUAAGACUUGUAAGGCCCUACAUAAUCAGGCGCUUGGCUACUUUUUGACCUCAUCUCUGACCACCAUGCUUUGUCCUAGUCUUUCCUCAAUCCUGCCAGGCACUCGCAUUUGCUGAUUUUUUCCUGUCUACAGAUCUCUUCCCAUAGAUAUCCACUUGGCUUCCUUCCUCAGUUCCUUCAUGGUCUUUGCUCAAAUAUCACCUUAUCAAUAAGGCUGACCACCCUACAUAAAAGAGCAAAAUCCUCCCUCUUCUUAUCUUGCUUUAUUUUUCUCCCUAACACUUAUAACCACCUGACACAUUGCACAUUUACUUGUUUGCUCCUCUAGAAGGUAAGUUACACAAGAACAGAAAUUUUCAGGCUUUGUUUGCUGCUAUUUAUAUCCUAUGCCUAUAAUAGUCCCAGGGACAUUUGGUAUUCAUUAAAUAUAUGUUGACUGAAUGGCCUUCAAAACUGUCUAAUUGUAUAAGCAAGUAACUUUAGUAGUAGGAAAAGAGCAGCACCACAGCAGUUUUGCUGGGAGACUUACUUUCAGUCAGAUGGAAUCCUCUUGCCCUAGUUGAUCAAGGGACUCUAUCUAUCAAAAGUUCAAACACAUCUAGACACAGUCUUGUCCAUUUAAAUUGGCAAAAUUUCAUGAAAUGUUAGAGCUAGUUCUAAAGUGGGCAGACAGAAAAUUAGAGAUACAAAAAGGUUGAAAGAUAUGGGGUUUCCUACCCCAAAUUCCUCCUGUCCCAACACAAAAUAUGCUUUUUGUGUAUUAUGAUGGGUUUAAUGAGUUUAUCCUUUUGUUAUUCAAAAUGCUACUCUACUUUUUCCAAAGACACAGUAGUUCUCUUGGUAAUGGAUUUAGAAGAUCUUAAAAGAUCAUGCUUUUGACAACUUAGCAGUUGGAGGGCAUAGCAGCAUGCCUGGAGAUUGAACUAUAAUUCCCAGAGUGCAUCUCUAGGAGGAUUCUGGGAAGUGUGGCAGAAGCAUGCUUUUGACAACUGCCGUUACCUUUGAAGGGCUUAGCAGAUGAUAUAAAGCUUGAACUACAUUUCCCAGAGUGCACAUGGGAAGAUUCUGGGAAGUGUGGCAGAGGGAACAAUGGGGAAGGGAAGCCAAACUUCCCACAAGUUUCCUGGUUUCCGCUGAUUAUUGAGGCCUAGGACGGCACCCCCCCCAACAGAAUUCAGACCUGACAAUGUCGCUGUAUUGUGGAAUUGUCUGUAGGAGAAAACCUUUUUGGUGUUAUAGGCUGCUGUCAACCUAUGUGGCUAAGACCCGGUAUUUAUUUGAACUGAAGGAAGAUGAUGACGCAUGUAAAAAAGCCCAGCAGACAGGAACAUUUUACCUCUUUCAUGGCCUGGCUCCUUUGCUUCAGAAAUCAGAACAUCAGUACCUGCCCCCCCAGCACAGCCUAUCAGAGUUGGAAAGACUCCUGGAUAAGUUUGGACAGGACACACAAAGAAUAGAAGAUUCUGUGCUGAUUGGAUGCUCCGAACACCAUGAAGCAUGGUUUGCUCUGGACCUAGGUCUGAAUAGCUCCUCUUCCAUAAAUGCUGCCUUACAGAAACCAGAAAUAGAGAGAGCGCUCCAGGGGUCUUUCAUUGAAUUGAGGAAGGCUCUCUUUUGGCUGAAUGUGAAGGAUGCCUCCUUGCUAUCCACGGCUCAGGCUCUCCUCCGUUGGCAUGAUGCUCAUCAGUUCUGCAGCAGAUGUGGGCAGCCCACCGAGAAGAAUGUGGCUGGCAGCAAGCGUGUGUGUCCUGCCAGUAAGAGCAUCUAUUACCCACAGAUGGCUCCUGUGGUGAUAACGCUAGUGUCAGAUGGGACUCGAUGCCUGCUUGCCCGCCAGAGUUCCUUUCCCAAGGGAAUGUAUUCUGCCUUGGCAGGUUUUUGUGAUAUAGGUGAAAGUGUGGAAGAGGCUGUCCACCGAGAAGUUGCAGAAGAGGUUGGCCUGGAGGUAGAAAGACUGCAGUACUCUGCAUCCCAGCACUGGCCCUUUCCGAACAGCUCACUCAUGAUUGCUUGUCAUGCAGCUGUGAAACCAGGGCAUACAGAGAUCAAGGUGAAUUUGAGAGAACUAGAAGCAGCUGCCUGGUUCACUCACGAUGAGGUGGUCACAGCCCUGAAGAGAAACGACCCGUAUACUCAGCAACAGAAUGGGACUGUCCCAUUCUGGUUGCCCCCCAAGUUAGCCAUCGCCCACCACCUGAUUAAGGAGUGGGUGGAAAAAUCGACCUGUUCUACCGUGCCUGCUUAGCUCAAUCAGGCCACAUGAUCCCUCCUCAGGGGCAUACCAGAGAUUAGUUGAUAAAGGGGAGGUGACAAAAGGCCAUCUCCAGGCCAGCCUUAGUAUGAUAAGGCAGAAGAUGAACCAGCCCACAGCAAGCCACCUCCACCAGCAAUGUUAAUGGAAGAAGUCAAAAUCAGAUGGAAGGCUGAAGCAUUAGAUUGGAUGUAGGCUCAUUUGCCCAUUUUCUCCUAGGCCCUGGAAGGAAACAUCUUUUGACAUGUGGCUUUUUAAUGGUGGGUUUAUACUAAAUGCCAAAAUGUGUCUGCUACCAUUUUGGUUUAAACUUUUAUCUUAGUAUUGAAAAUAUGUAGCAAAUUUUAACCCAUUGAGUUACUUUUUAUCUUCAUAGAAUUAAGUAGCACAAGAUAACAUUUGUAAUUCAUGUACAGGUAAUUAUUUUGUACAUGGUGGUUAAAUAAUUCAUAUUUCUUUAAGUCAUCUGAAGGGAUAAGGAAAGUGGCAGCUACGGUAUUCCUCAGAUGCAAUGAUGCUCUGUUGACGUAACUGCAUCCCACUGGGGCCCAAGAUGGUAAGUCUUUUUACCUAUUACUGGCUCAAUCUGUAAACCAAGGAAAAGAUGAUCACUUUGCCAUUCUUGUUUUCCUGAAUGUAAAAUGGUUGCUGCCAUUGGCACAUCCAAUAAGUGUUGUAAUUUCAACUAGAGGAUUAGUGAGGAUGAACCAUUUCUUGGGUUUUAUAGGAUAAGCUAAAUUUAGGAUUUCUUAUCAUUCAUAUAUGCCAUUCUAUACCUUGUCAUAAGGGAGAAUUUAUCUGAAAGAAAUAAAAUAAAUUUGCACACCUUU